AUGCCUCUUAUACAGACCAGCCUGAUAUGGGUGACCUACGCCGUCGCCGUCGCCAUCCUCGUCGCCAUAGCCUCCGUCUUCGUCUACGUCUACCAGAAGCCGCGCGACCGGGCCGCCUCCGUAACGAUAAUAUGCAUCUUUACCGUGACCGCCUUGCUUGCAACGGUGCUGUUGAUGCCCGUCGACAUCGCCCUCGUGUCAUCUACCACACUUUCGAGCGAAGGCCGCAAGAAGGACUGGGCGACGCCUGACAAGAUCGACAACAUCGUCGUGACGCUGAAGAUCGUAUACUACACUCUGUACUCUCUCGACGCCGUCCUGUGCCUGCUCGUCAUUCCCUUCACCUACUUCUGGUACGAAUCGUACGACGACGACGCCGCGGAGCAAGGCACCCAGACGGUCGGCAGCAGGCUCUGGGAAGCAUUCAAAUACACCAUCGCCUUCGUCUUCCUCUGCGUCAUCCUGUUCCUCGUCGGCUUCUUCAUCCCCGCCGCGAAGAACACCAAACACAGCGAUCACCGGAACCUGGAUUACUUCAAGGACCUCCUUACCGAGAACCGGGGCGAACGCGCCUUGACCUUCGCUCUGGGUCUUCUGAUAACCGUUGGGACGAUUGUCUACGUCAUCUACACUGGCUCUGGCCUUGCGCUGCUCCCCGUCUCCCUCAUCAAGUCAGCUCCGGCCAUCUCCACGCCUGCCCUGGCCGCCAAUACCGCCACUCAACUCGAGCAGAACCGCGAGCGCCAGCGCCAGCUCGAAGGCCGCAACGAAGGCCGCCAGAACGGGCUCGACUCGCGCGACCGACGCGAACUCGAAGCUCUGGUCCGCGAAGAGCGCACGCUCAUACGGCGUGAACGUUUGGCUGCUGAAGCCGGCGGCGAGGGACAAGGCUGGCUGAUGAAGACGUGGACCAAGAUUGAGGCUGUCUUCCGACCCGUCAAGCUCAUAGGCGGUCUCCUCCUCGCCCUCGUCUCCCUCGUCGUUUUCGUCAGCAUGCUCAUCACUGGCAUCGACAAAGCCAAGUACUCUGUCUGCAAAGCCGGCUGCGGCUACGUCCUGGGCCACACGAACAUCUUCCAGCCGCUGAACUGGAUCUUCGUCACGUCGAGCAAGGUGUUCCCCAUCGACUACGUCCUCUUCCUCCUCCUCGUGCUGCUCUUCUUCUCCGCCAGCAUCGUCGGCAUCGCAACCGUCGGCAUCCGCUUCCUCUGGCUCAUGAUCUUCCGCAUCCGCAAAGGCCGCACCAGCCCUCAGGCGCUGCUCCUCGCCACCGUCCUGCUCACGCUCAUCGUCCUCGCGAUGAACUACUCCAUCGCCAUGAUCGUCGCCCCCCAGUACGCGACCUUCGGCCCGCAGACCUACUGCGACCGCCUGCCACGUCAUCCCAACGAGAUGCCGGAUUGCUCGCAGCACCGCAGCGCGAUCAGACACUGCUCGGAGCUGGCAGAGAACCCGAUCGCGAAGGAGGUGUGCACGCCGAGUGUCGUGAGCACGUUUAUCAACCGCAUAACUGUCAACUUCCCCUUCUUCGGCGUUGUGUGCUUCUGGGCGCAGUUCGCUUUCCUUGGCGUCUACCUCAUCGUCUUCCUGUUAACCCUCUUCCGGACUCCGAGAAUGGAUACCGAAGACAUGGACGCUGAUCUCGAAGAGGAGGAGGAGGAAGGUCUGCUGGCGAGCACAGGCCGCAGGUUCAAUGCCACAUGGCAGGACAUCACGGGCCGUUCAAAGAACACUGGUGCGGCUCGCUACGGGACGGUGGAUGGGACCGGGGCCCAGACGAACGGCGAACGCGCUGGUGAGGCUGCGGCGGCGGCGGCGGAAGGUGGGGCGGACGGCACGGGCAGAGAUACGCAGUGGUAG